ACGUCCGAAACCGCCUCUGACCGCGACUUUUAAACUCUUUUUUUUCACCCCACACAUUUGUAGCAGGAUAAAGACAGGGGCGGUAUAAGUGUAAUAAAAGUUAGGAUUGGACCGGGACUACAUUUCAGAACCAGGUCACAUGCAACCUACCUUGUCUCAUUUUUCACAGAGGACCUCAAGUCAGAUCUAAGUUGACGUGAUCCAAAAGAUGUUACAGAAAUGAUAGCAGCACCAGAAAUACACUCAGAGUUCGCCUACACUCAGGACACAGAUACUAGAUUUUCCUCAGACACAGACUUUUCUGAGGAUCCUGAUGGAAGAAGUACAACUAAAGGAAAGGGUGGGAAGAAGGGGAAGAAAGGUGCAGGAGAGAGAGGCAAAGGAGGAAAGGGUGCAGGCCGGAUAAAUGGCCACCAUCAAGAAAAUGGCAUGGAAAACAUCAUGCUGUUUGAGGUGGUGAAGCUGGGCAGAAGUGCAAUGCAGUCGGUAGUUGAUGAGUGGAUCGAGUCUUACAAACAUGACAGGGAUGUUGCACUGCUAGAUCUCAUCAACUUCUUUAUUCAGUGCUCAGGAUGUAAAGGUGUGGUCACCGGAGAAAUGUUUCGAAACAUGCAGAACUCUGAGAUCAUUCGACGAAUGACUGAGGAAUUUGAUGAGGACAGCGGCGAUUACCCUCUAACCAUAGCCGGGCCGCAGUGGAAGAAGUUCAAAACAAGCUUUUGUGAAUUCAUUUCGGUGCUCGUGCGCCAGUGUCAGUACAGUAUCAUCUAUGAUGAGUACAUGAUGGACACAGUCAUCUCCCUUCUUACCGGACUAUCAGACUCCCAAGUUCGAGCCUUCAGACACACCUCAACACUGGCAGCCAUGAAGCUGAUGACAGCCCUGGUGAAUGUAGCUCUGAACCUGAGCAUUAACAUGGAUAACACCCAGCGCCAGUAUGAGGCAGAGAGGAACAAGAUGGUUGCUAAAAGAGCAAAUGACAGGUUGGAGCUGCUCCUGCAAAAACGCAAAGAGCUUCAAGAAAAUCAGGAUGAAAUUGAAAAYAUGAUGAAUGCAAUUUUCAAAGGAGUGUUUGUCCAUCGAUAUCGGGAUUCGAUAGCAGAAAUCCGGGCGAUCUGUAUAGAGGAGAUUGGAGUGUGGAUGAAACUGUACAGUGAUGCCUUCCUCAAUGACAGCUAUCUGAAGUAUGUGGGGUGGACAAUGCAUGAUAAGCAAGGAGAGGUACGUCUGAAGUGUCUGACAGCUCUGCAGGGCCUCUAUUACAACCGGGAGCUCAAUGCAAGACUGGAGCUCUUCACCAGUCGCUUUAAGGACCGUAUUGUCUCCAUGACUCUUGAUAAGGAGUAUGAUGUUGCAGUACAAGCUAUUAAACUGCUCACUUUAGUCUUAAAUAGUACAGAUGAGGUUUUGACCCCCGAGGACUGUGAGAGCGUCUACCACUUAGUCUACUCGGCACACAGGCCGGUCGCAAUCGCAGCAGGAGAAUUCUUGUAUAAGAAAUUGUUCAGCCAGCGAGAACCAGAGGAGGAAGGUGCUCCUAAAAGAAGAGGCAGACAAAGUCCCAACGCCAACCUCAUUAAGACCACCGUCUUUUUCUUCCUUGAGAGCGAGCUCCAUGAGCAUGCAGCAUACUUGGUGGACUCCCUCUGGGAAUGUGGUGCAGAGCUACUGAAAGACUGGGAGUGUAUGAUCAGCUUAUUGCUAGAUGACCCAUUGCCAGGAGAGGAAGCUCUUACAGACAGACAAGAAACGGCUUUGAUUGAAAUCAUGCUGUGCACUGUACGUCAGGCUGCUGAAUGCCACCCACCUGUUGGAAGAGGAACAGGCAAGAGGGUAAUGACAGCUAAAGAGAAAAAGACUCAGCUGGAUGAUCGAACCAGAUUAACAGAGCUUUUUGCUGUGGCUUUGCCGCCUCUACUGGCCAAGUACGCUGUCGAUGCAGAGAAGGUGACUAACUUGUUACAGCUGCCUCAGUACUUUGACCUGGAGAUUUACACGACAGGACGUCUGGAGAAGCAUCUGGACGCUCUGCUGCGUCAGAUUAAAGAAAUUGUGGAGAAGCACACAGACACAGAAGUCCUGGAGUCCUGCUCGAAGACUUACCACGCUCUCUGCAACGAGGAGUUCACAAUCUUUAACAGGGUAGAUAUAGCCCGCUCCCAGCUCCUGGAUGAGCUGGUGGACAAGUUCACCAGGCUACUGGAGGAUUUUCUACAAGAGGGUGAAGAUGCUGAUGAAGAUGAUGCUUAUCAGGUUUUGUCCACUCUGAAGCGGAUCACAGCAUUUCAUAAUGCACAUGACCUGUCAGGAUGGGACCUCUUCACCAGCAACUUCAAGCUCCUAAACACGGGUAUAGAAAAUGGAGACAUGCCUGAGCAGAUAGUCAUUCAUUCACUGCAGUGUACUCACUACGUGAUCCUGUGGCAGCUGGCCAAAUUGUCCGAGGGCAGUUCCAAAAAGGAUGAUAUGGUGACUCUGAGGAAGCAGAUGAGGGCGUUCUGUUUGAUGUGUCAGCGCUACCUCACAAAUGUCAACACGGCCGUCAAAGAGCAGGCUUUCACCAUCCUGUGCGAUCUCCUGCUCAUCUUCAGCCACCAGAUGGUGUCUGGAGGCAGGGAACACUUGGAGCCCUUGGUCUAUUCCCCAGAGGACUCUUUACAGGCUGAGCUGCUCUCCUUCGUCCUCAACCAUGUCUUCAUCGACCAGGACGAUGACACAAAUAGUACAGACGGGCAGCAAGACGACGAGGCAGUAAAAAUAGAAGCUCUGCACAAGAGGAGAAACCUCCUGGCUGCCUACUGUAAACUCAUCAUCUACUGUGUUGUAGAAAUGAAAACUGGGGCUGACAUCUUCAAACAGUACAUGAGGUAUUACAAUGAUUAUGGUGACAUCAUCAAGGAGACGAUGAGUAAAACUCGGCAAAUUGACAAGAUUCAGUGUGCCAAGACGCUCAUUCUUAGUCUGCAGCAGUUGUUUAAUGAAAUGCUGUCGGAACUGGGUCACGGGUUUGAUCGCUCCUCCUCUUCGUUCUGUGGAAUCAAGGAGUUGGCCCGUCGGUUUUCGCUAACCUUCGGGCUUGAUCAAGUCAAAACCAGAGAUGCCAUUGCUAUGUUGCACAACCACAUGUACCUGGAGUGCUUCAUGACGUUCCAGAUGGCACUGCAGCGAGAGGACUGCUGGCUUCCCCUGAUCUCCUACAGAAACUCCCUGCAGGCCGGCGGUGACGACGACACCAUGUCUGUGAUGAGCGGCUACUCAAGCCGAGGCUCCUCUGUUCGCUCCAAGAAGGCUAAACCUCCUUUGGCUACAGCCGGAACGUCGGCGGAAAAGCGGAAACUACCAGAGGAGGAGAGCAGCAGCGUCGUUGAGGCUUGGCAGCAAAGCAUUCAGACCCCCGUCAUGUUGCCCUCACCCCAUCUCACCUCCACUGCCAUGCGAGACCCUAAGAGGGGUCGUGAAGACAGCUACAUGGGGGUCUACCCUCUUCCUCACGAGCAGCCACAGCCCCACCAACACCCACAACACCAUCAACAGACGCCUCAGCACCACCAGACACCCAUGGAUUACAAUUCACAGGUGACGUGGAUGCUGGCGCAGAGGCAGCAAGAAGAGGCACGCCAGCAGCAAGAAAGAGCCAUGAACUACGCCAAGCUCAGGACCAAUCUGCAGCACGCUAUCAGUCGUCGCGGCACCGGGCUUAUGGAGGAAGACGAAGAGCCGAUCGUGGAGGAUGUGAUGAUGUCGUCCGAGGGUCGCAUGGAUGACCUCAAUGAAGGCAUGGACUUCGACACCAUGGAUAUUGAUCUGCCUCCUUCGAAAAACCGCCGCGAGAGAUCUGAACUCAAGCCAGACUACUUCGACCCCGCUUCCAUCAUGGAUGAGUCG